GUUAUUGUGCAAACAGUUGUACAAUGUACAUAUUUACAUACGUUUGUUCAAACAUUGUGUUAUUAAAAUUUUUAUUAUACUAAAAAGAAUUUUGUUUACAAGAUUCUGAUGGCCUCACCUUUGUGAAUACGUUUUCGAAAAACUACACACGGAUCGGGUGUCGUAACUGAAAAUUUAUGGGAAAGAAAUUCAUUUGCAUUGUGGGUGGAAAUAGCUUCUGGUUGUCUUGAAAAAUUAAUUUUUUUUUUGAAAAGUGAUUGGAAAAAUUGUUUUAUUUUGUAACUAAAGUGGCAUCAACUGUUUCUUGUUUGUGUCAGGAUCGAAUGAAUGGGAUAUCAUAGUUGUGCGAUUAGUUGGUGUAAAAAUAGCCACACACGAGUUCUUGUGGAUUUAUUACAAUAAUAAAUUCUGUUGCAGUUACAACCGGUAUUAGUUUUUUUGGUCGGAAAUGUCAGGAAAUUAAGAGUAAAAGUGAAUUGGUGACAAGUUUCCCAUUUGAAGUAAUUAAGAGGGGAGUUACAUAAAAUAGUUUUUAUUUGGAAAUUGUAAAAUGAACCAUGGUUUCUAAGUUUCUUAGUUUUUUAAUAAGAUCAAUUUUUGGAUAUUUUAGCAUUUGUACAAAACAUGUGGUAUUUCGUGGUAUUUAUUAUUGAAAGAUUCAUGCAACAUAACAAAAAUUGUGUACUUUGAUUUCCUACAUUAACCAAAAAUUCGAUUUAUUGGGACAGACUACGGAGAAUUAGAGAUAAACCUAAGUUCAAGCAUUGUUGAAAUUUAAAAUAGAGAGUGCUAGAGAUGCGAAUUACGGAUAAGAAAUUUUAUAAAUUCUUCUUUUGUUUUAGAUAUUGUUAUUAAAAUAAAGUUUAGAUAUCCAUUUUAUUUUUUUAAUUAUUAUUAGUUUGCAUUUUUGUUAAUAAAUAUAAAAUUUGGUUAAAACAAGUGUGAGGCUUAAGCAACAAGACAAAUGCAAGCAAUUUUUCAAUUAGUUUUUUUUUUUUUCUUUCAAUAUACACGACGAAUGGGAGGCCUCCAACAUUGAUUAAAUUGGAUCAUCAAUCUUUGUAUCGAAAUUAUCUGACAUUUAUUUAGUCUUUCGUUUUGUUAUAUUUAUUAUCUUAACAGAUUUGUGUGAUGAAAACAAUUUGGCUAUAUCGUUGUUCAUCGAUUAGUUGUUACUAAUACGUUUUUGACAAUUUCAUUAGAAGGAAAUUAUGGAACAUUCUUUUGAAUUUUUGCAAAAGUGACAUCAGUGAAGUGUGCACUACAUUACAUUUUGUUUAAAAGUUGACUAUUUGAUAGCAUGUGGGAUUAGAACAUUUUAUCAUCGCCUAAAAUUGCCGUGAUAAGAUAUGGAAUGCGUUCCUAGAGUAAAAUUCGCUUAGUACGUUAAAUCAUUAAAGUCGCGACGUAUCUCAUCCUCUUAUUCACACUACGAAUAAUUUAUAAUUUGUUGAACACACACACCGCGUUCCUUUUUCCCGUGACAAGAUGUGUACAUUUCAGAGCAUGUUGGUGAUAAACAAGUGAGACAGUGGCGUCGGCAGUGGUUAACAUGUGGAGUAAUAACGGACAAAUGAAAAACAAUAUUUUAAGACACCCUUCGUCUAUCGAAUCGAAGGGAUUCUUAAGUGGUAAUAAAAAAUGGAAUCCCAGACCGGCUUCUUGGGCCGCUCCCAACGAUGUCAGCAUUUUUCCACAAGCGGGUGGCAGGGCCAACCCUUUCGCAUCAGUAAGUAAUCGGAAGGUCGAUCCAGAACUGAUAUUCACGAAACAGGAGCGCAUCGGUAAAGGAUCUUUCGGCGAAGUGUUUAAAGGUAUCGACAAUCGAACAACGCAGGUGGUCGCCAUCAAGAUCAUAGAUUUAGAAGAAGCCGAAGAUGAAAUCGAAGAUAUCCAACAGGAAAUUAUGGUGCUGUCACAAUGCGACAGUCCUUACGUCACGAAAUACUACGGAUCGUACCUCAAGGGAACCAAACUAUGGAUCAUCAUGGAGUACCUGGGCGGCGGAUCGGCACUGGACCUGAUGAAAGCCGGCAAUUUCGAAGAAAUGCACAUCGCGAUCAUCCUCCGCGAAGUCCUCAAAGGUCUCGAUUACCUCCACAGCGAACGAAAACUCCAUCGGGACAUUAAAGCUGCUAAUGUUUUAUUGAGCGAAAUGGGUGAUGUGAAGUUGGCCGAUUUCGGUGUCGCCGGACAACUCACCAACACCACCAGCAAACGCAACACUUUUGUCGGAACGCCAUUUUGGAUGGCACCGGAAGUCAUUAAACAGUCGGCGUACGAUUCUAAGGCUGAUAUUUGGAGUUUGGGCAUAACGGCGAUCGAAUUGGCGAAAGGGGAACCCCCAAAUUCCGAAUUGCACCCGAUGAGAGUGCUAUUCCUUAUUCCGAAAAAUAAUCCUCCGCAAUUAACGGGGAGUUAUACGAAACAGUUUAAGGAUUUCGUCGAGGCGUGUCUGAAUAAGGAUCCUGAAAAUAGACCUACAGCCAAAGAACUGCUCAAAUAUCCAUUUAUUAGGAAAGCGAAGAAGAAUUCAUAUUUAAUAGACCUAAUCGAUAGGUAUAAGAAAUGGCGAUGUACGAGAAAUGAGGAAAGCGAGACGGAAUCGGAAAAUUCAGAUUCAGAGGAACCGAAACAAGAGAGCGAUUUGGACGAUCCGUGGAUAAUGACGGUGAAAGGCAACCAUUCAAUCAAAUUACCCCAAGAAGAUCUAACUCCUAAUCAUAAAAUUCCAAAUAAAAUUCAGAACGGAUCUGGACCUACCAUCGCCAAAUCGCCUCCGAAAGAUUCGAAUCUGAAUCAUUACCGACCUGAUAAGGCCACUCCGUCGGCGAGACCGCAGUCCGUUGUCCAGUCGCCUUCCGACAACCGGAAAGAGCGAGACCGAGAGAGGGAAAGAGAGCGCGAAUCUAAAGAUAGGGAAAAAAGGAUUUCGAGAGAGUUAAGUCCGUUGGAUCAUCGAGGAGACUUGGAGAUCGAAAAGAAGCUGAAUAGAAGGUCGAGGGAGCAUUCAAACGGCGGCAAGACCGACGCCCGUUCGCCAUGUUUAUCAGGUGUCAUCUAUCCAUUAAUAUCCGAAUUGCAGAGGAAGCAUCACUACAACGGUCGAGCAGCCGACAGUUCGCACAAAUCAAACGAUGCCAUCGAAGAGUUGAAAAACGCGUUUGAGAUAGCGGAGAGAGCGAGUCCGGGAAUUACGGAAAGCUUUAUUAGCGAAAUGGUGAAAAAGUUGAUGCCAAGUGUGACGGAACAAAGGCUUAACAGUGUUAUGGAAAAAGUUACAAGAGAUGCGGCGUAAGUGAUGAGGGAGGAGAGUUAGUUUAACCCAGAUUUGUCCUACAUGUUAACACUUACUGAUUACAUGACAAUAUCUUAAUAUCUCUUGAGCUUAUUACAUAGCACUGGUAGAAUAAGAAUUUGGAAAAUCAGCAACCACUGCAUGCUGUUCUAUACUCAUUUGUGGUUGACUCGUAUUUCUGUCAGUUUCUGAAAUUUAUUUUAACUUGUUAUUGCCAAUGUCCCGAGGGAUACUGUAUAUAUGUAUAUCUAGAUUGAAUUAUAAUAUCAUUAAGAUAAUAUUUUUUCUUGCAAUGUAUUUUUUUAGAUGUGUAUAUACAUAUUAUGAACAUAUAGUUAUUAUUUCAUUUUUAAUUAUCUUGUUUACUGUUCGAUGUCAUCCAGGUCGAUUUUUUUUGUUGGUGUUGCGACAAACGCUCCAUGAGGGGACGUUUGUGCGCGACGACUGCGCGCAAUGAUUGACUUAAGACUUAACUUGUAGAGAUGAUGGCCUGGCAAUGUGCUCUGAGUGUAAGUAUAGGGUGUUGGUUGAAAGUGCCCUUUAUUCAUAAACUAGCUUCACAGUGUCAAAGUUUUUAUUUAAUUGAGUUAAAGGUGGUUUAUGGCGUAUUCUCUGUUUUCUAGAGGAUACGGAGGGUUUGCCCAAUUCAGUAUUACUGUGCGAGCCGUCAGAACUCGCAUUUGCAUGAAUGUGUUUGCUCAGGCUUCUGAAUCCGUUCGGAAUACUGUGAUAGAGUGAACAGCAUCUUAUGCGAGUCUUUAUUCUUAUUGAAACGCUUUCAUGUUGAACUGUUGAUGUCAACUACUUAUUGUUGAUUUUAAUUGUUAUCUUAUUUAGAGAAUGAAUCUUAUAGUUUCCGCAUAGUUAUACUGUACAGUCAAUUACAAAUGACUUCGUAUUCUAGACUAACCUGUAAUUUAACAUGGCAAAUUACAACAAAUCUGUAUGAGAUCUGCUUGUCUUGUACAUGGUGUACAUUAAUAAAAUUAUUUCAAUUU